AAAAAAGAAAGAAUUAAUAAUAAUAAGAAAGAGUUAAGCGCCUCCAACGCCUAUAAAUAGGACGCUUCUUUCUCUAUUUGGCAAAGAGAGAGGUAGAAGUCAGAAAGAAAGACUUUCAGUAACACUUAAUGGAUAUCAUUGCCGGAAGACUGGAAACAAUUCAGAACGAAAUCAGUGAGGCAGAAAACCAGAAGCUCGAAUGUGAGCAAAUGCUUGGUCUGUUCUGGGAGCAUCCGCCUGCUCUCGAUCCUGAGGACGUAGGAAGAAGGAUGCAAUUUUUACGGGACCACAUUCGCGCUCUUGAAGAACGAAGGAGGGUUCUCAUCCGAGAGCGCGAAUUGCUGCUUAUCAGGGCGGCCUCCAUCAUCCGCGGGAGACCAGGGGGAAACAACUAA